GAAAUCCAUUGACCUACACGUGGAUUCAAAGACAAGUUGAAAUCAUAAUUAAGUUGUGUCCUCUUGCUCACUAAAUUUAAAAGCCAGAACCCACAUUGACAAUUUGACUCCCCCAACCCUCUUCACUUUUGAAAACACAAACCAUGCUCACACUUCCUCAGCCACCACCACAACAACCACCACCUCUCCGCUACCACCACCACCACCACCACCGUCAUUCCCAUUUCCUUCUCUUGUUCUUCAUGCUAAGUCCUCUAAUUAUCAACACAAGCAAUGCUUACAAAUUCAAAGAGGCUCCACAAUUCUACAACUCCCCCACAUGCCCUCCCCUUCACAGUAACAACAACAUCAUGUGCUCUAAUGAAGCCGUCCACGUGGCAAUGACCCUCGACGCCGCGUACCUCCGAGGCUCCAUGGCCGCGAUUUUAUCCGUCCUUCAGCACACCUCCUGCCCCGAAAACAUAGUCUUCCAUUUUGUCUCCUCCGACACCGCCUCCAAUUCCCUUUACACCACCAUCACCACCUCCUUCCCUUACCUAAACUCCCAGCUCUACCACUUCGACGACACGGCCGUCUCCGGCCUAAUCUCUACCUCAAUCCGCUCCGCCCUCGAUUGCCCCUUAAACUAUGCAAGAAACUAUCUCGCCAAUCUCCUCCCUCUAUGUGUGCGACGUGUCGUGUACUUAGAUUCCGAUUUAGUCCUCGUCGACGACAUUGCGAAACUCUCAGCGACUUAUUUACCGGACGGUGUGGUAUUGGCAGCGCCAGAGUACUGUAACGCGAAUUUCACUUCUUACUUUACUCCUACGUUUUGGGCCAACCCGACAUUGUCAUUAACAUUCGCGGGUCGGAGCGCGUGUUACUUUAAUACGGGCGUGAUGGUGAUUGAUUUGGAGAGAUGGAGAGAAGGGGAUUAUACGAGAAAGAUUGUGGAGUGGAUGGAGCUCCAGAAACGAAUUCGGAUCUACGAAUUGGGUUCUUUGCCUCCGUUUUUGCUGGUAUUUGCGGGUAAUAUUGCUCCGGUGGAUCAUCGAUGGAACCAACACGGACUUGGAGGGGACAAUUUUAGGGGAUUGUGUAGGGACUUGCAUCCGGGUCCGGUUAGUCUGUUGCAUUGGAGCGGAAAGGGCAAGCCAUGGGUUCGACUUGACUCGAGCCGGCCCUGUCCGUUAGAUGCUUUGUGGGCCCCUUAUGAUCUCUUGCAGAUGCCUUUCGCUAUUGAGUCUUAAAACAACAUAUAUAGAUUAUAGAUUCGUAAAGCCGGCAAUUGACAAAGCUCACAAUGCGUCUUUUUUUUUUUUUUGGUAUUGUUUUUGACUUUGUAAAGAGUAAAUUACAGUAAUGAUUAAAAGACUAUAAGUGGAAAUAUAUGAGGAGUUAUUCAAUUUC